AAAACCCUUCUUCAACCUCAAACUCAAAACUGUUGGAAACUCUUAAAAUAUUGCAAGAUAUUAUUCGGCGCAGCCCCUUCGACGGUGGCCGUAACCCUAAACGGUGAACCAUGGCUGACAUAGUGCAAUACAAGCUAGAGCGCAUGUUCGACGAGUUCGAAGAUCUCGAGCAACGCGGCCUAUUCAACAAGCGAGAAAUCGCCGAGAUUGUUAAACAGAGGCGAAAAUUCGAGUACAGGCUGAAAAGGCCGUGUCCGUUGAAGGCGGAUUUUGUAGCGUACAUAGACUAUGAGACGCAGCUCGAUGCACUACGUAGGUUACGGAAGAAGUCGGUGGCGCGUGAGUUGAAGAAACAAGGGAAUAAGAAUUUGAAGAAAUCGAAAUCUGAUUUUGCUGGGUUGAUUAGGAUUAUUGAUACUUAUGAGCUUGCUUUGAAGCGUUAUAAGGGUGAUAUUCAACUUUGGUUUCGUUAUCUUGAGUUUUGUAGGGUUCAAAAAAAUGGCAGAAUGAAGAAGGCACUUGCAAAACUUGUUAGGUUGCACCCAAAGGUUCCGGGAGUUUGGAUUUAUGCUGCAGCUUGGGAGUUUGAUCGUAACUUAAAUGUUGUGGCCGCCCGUGCUUUAAUGCAGGGAGGUCUCAGAGUUUGCCCAACAUCAGAAGAUCUUUGGGUGGAGUAUCUUCGGAUGGAACUCACAUACAUUAACAAGUUAAAGGCUAGGAAGGUUGCCUUGGGUGAGGAUGAGGGAACUCUUACUCGUGAUCCUAGAACCGUGGAAGAAAAACAAUGGAGAGAUGAAAACAAAGAGUUGUUUAUGACCCUUGAUGAAAAAGAGGAAAACGACGUUGCAAAUGUUGAACCAGAUGAAUCAAAGAAGAACAAAGAAUUAUUUGCUGAGCAUGGUAUGAACCUUUUUCGAACUGUUUAUGGUGGAGCAAUUGAAGCCGUCCCUUCGAGUCUCAAUCUUAGAAAGAGAUUUUUUGAAAUAUUGGAGGGGACAGAAUUAUCACAUUACGAAGAUAUGUGCAAGGAGAUGCUGAAUGACAUGAAGAGGGAUUUUUCAACUGAACCAGAAUUCUGGGACUGGCUUGCAAGACAAGAAUGCAAUGUUGAAGCUGUUCACGAGAUUAACCAAGAAAUUAUAAUUCCUCAGGUGCAAAAGGCAAUUCAGGUUUAUGAAGAGGCUUUGAAAAGUGUGCCUUCAGGAACUAUGUUUAGUUUGUAUGCAAAUUUUCUAAUGGGUAUUGUAGCUCCUAAAGAUGAAGAACCCAAUAUAGAUGGCCCAUACAUAUCACAUCUCCUGUCAAUAUAUGAAAGGGCUGAAAGCAUGGGAAUCAUCACUGAUGAUCUUGCUUGCAAGCAUGUCUCCUUACAUUUGCAGUUGAGACAUUUGGAUGAGGCCAGGAAACUGGUAGCAAAGCUUUGCAGCGGAAAACUUGCAGAAUCAGUGCAGUUAUGGGAAUUAAGGGUUUCUAUAGAAAUUACAUGCAUUACACAAAGUUCUUUGUUGCCCAGUGAUACUGAUCUGUCAUCCCUUUUCGAACUCCUUAGACAAAUUUUGACCAAAUUUCAUGUUUCAAAAUCAGAGAACUUGUGGCUAAGGGCCCUUAAAUUUUAUGCAAGUCAUAGACGAUACUUUGAUAAGCUGGUGGAGAUUUCUGUUCUUUCUUUGGCUAGAGAUGGUGGCAGUGAAAGUGGAUUUUCGCUUUCAUCUGCCAUUGUUAGUUUUAUACUUCAAAAGGAUGGAAUUCACAAGGCCAGAGAUAUCUAUAAAAGAUAUCUAGCUUUACCGCAUCCCGGCCUUGCAUUAUAUAGGAAGUGCAUUGAGCUGGAAGCAAACCUUGCAUCAACAGGAGAUAAAAAUAGUCUCGUAAAUGCCAGGAAAUUAUAUGAAUCUGCACUAGCAACUUAUGACCAAAAUGUUGACUUUUGGCAAGACUACUAUCGCAUGGAGGUCAAGAUGGGAACAUCACAACAAGCUACCGCUGUCUAUUGGCGUGCUAGGAAAAUACUUAAAGAUGCCAGCGAAUUUAUUGCUUCCCCAGAUUUGCGAUAAUUUUUCAAUUAAGAGCAUUACUAUCCGAGUUCAAUUUUGACAACAAAUUAAGUUCAAUUUGCCUUUUCUUUUUGACAAGUCUAGCUAGACUAAAAUGUGUUUUCCUACUCGAGUGAGGAUGGAACUUCCCCUGUAUUUUUACGUAAGGUAUUGGUAAUGAGAAAUAUGUUAAAUGUAUCAUGUGUAUUCUUAUACACUGGAGCCAGAUACUGAGUUUUUUUGAAUGUGAUUGUAUCAUGUUGCAUUUGUAGGCAUCAUCAGUUGCAGGAGGAAAAAUAGUGUAAGUGAAUCGUUUAAUACGAAAAGGAAAUUUUUAGGGUAAUGGAUUUUGAAGAUUAAUUUUAAUGAAACAAUUCUUUUUGUUGCUUGGAUCAA